AUGAAUGAUAAAUUUGUUUUAUUGAAAUUCGCGGGGUCAGAAAAGAAAACCGAGCAAGUGGUGCCGAUAAUAAACGAGAACGACUCUGUGAGCACGGAAGAGCUGCGGUUUGGAGACAAUGAUUUGCUGGCAGCAACUUGUGCUGCAGCAGCAGCAGCAGAUUUUCUCUUUUUGCUGACGGACGUGGAGUGUCUGUACACCCGAGACCCCCGCUUCUUUCGAGAUGCUUCUCCAGUCUAUUUUGUAAACGCGUUCACAGAUGUUUAUUCUUACCUAUCAAGCAGCAGCAGCAGCAGCAACAGCAGCAGCAGCAACAGCAGCAACAACAACAAUAAUGGCAGCAACGACAAUGGAAACAACAGCAACAGCAGCAGCAGCAGCAGCAGCAGCGGCAGCAGCAGCAGCAGCAGCAACAACUGGGGCACUGGGGGUAUGCUGAGCAAAGUGCGAGCAGCAAAGUUGGCGACGAACUUGGGGAUAAAUGUUGCAGUCAUUAAUGGCAGCAAACCGGAGAGGGUACUAAGCAUUCUUUAUUACCUUGCUGCGCGGCCAGCAGCAGCAGCAACAGCAGCAGCAGCAGCAGAAGCUGCAGCAGCAGAAGCUGCAGAAGCAGCAGCAGACACCACCGAGGAAGAGACAGAGACAGACUUCACCAGCAGCGAGUGCUACAGCGCAGCAGACAUGAAUUGGCCGCUGCUCAGCAGCAGCAGCAGAGGCAUCAGCAGCAGGGACUUUAAAGGGGAAGCUACUUCUCCAACAGCAGCAGCAGGAGCUGCUGCUGCUGCUGCUGCUGACAAUUCGACGGGGCAGUUGGCCUCUCGAAGUGGAGAAGUGCCCGCAGCUGACCCUGCAGCAGCAGCAACAGCAGCAACAGCAACAGAUACAGCAAUAGCUGCUGCUGCACCUCCUAAGUCCGCGACCAGCGAAUACACGCACAAACAAAACGGUCCCCAACAGCAGCAGCAGCAGCAGCAGCAGCAGCAAGAGUUCUGGAAGCGCCCCCCGCCCAUUCGCUUUUCUGUCCCCUCAGAGGAAGAAAUGAAGACUUCCCCGCCGCCAUUUACAGGCACCAUUUUUGCUGCUACGGGGGCCCCCAGGGGCCCCUCUGUGGCGCUGCUGAAGCGCUGGAUUCUUUCGCUGCCAAUUGGAGGGGAAAUUUAUGUGGAUCUUGGCUGCGCCAAAAGCAUCAUCAAAAACAGAAAAAGCCUUUUUGCUGCAGGAAUUAAGGAUGUCAGGGGCUCUUUUGCAGCAGGGGAGUGCGUCAGCAUUUACCUGUUUGGCUAUAAGCCCAAAGGCAGCAAAGAAGCUGCAGAGCUCGCGCGGUGUAUCUGCAGCUUUUCGAGCAGCGAGCUGCGGGUCAUUAAAGGGCACCGCAGCAGGGACUUUGAGAGGCUUUUGGGCUACAGCUGUGCAGCAGAAGUUUCAAAUCGGCGCUUUUUGGUGCUGCUGCUGAUGAAUGGCGAAGAGCCGCUGCAGCAGCUGUGCCAGGGGGACUUUAAAUGA